AUGAUUGUGGACUUCAGGAAGAGCACUGUCCCCCCGCCCCCACCCUCCGUGAUGGACUCCCCCAUCACCUCUGUGGAGUCCUUCCGUUUCCUGGGCACCACCAUCACCCAGGACCUCAAGUGGGAGCCGACCAUCAGCUCCCUCAUCAAGAAGGCCCAGCAGAGGAUGUACUUCCUGCGGCAGCUCAGGAAAGCCAAGCUGCCUGCACAGAUGUUGGUGCAGUUCUACACGGCCAUCAUCGAGUCCAUCCUCACCUCCUCCAUCACCGUGUGGUUCGCUGGAGCCACAGUCAGGGACAAACAGAGACUACAGCGCAUUGUGCGCUCUGCAGAGGAAGUGAUCGGCCGCAGCCUUCCAUCGCUGCAGGACCUCAGUUUUCCGUCUCUGCGUCAGAACAGCAGGCUGGAGUCCUUCAUGAUGAAGAGUAUAGUCUUCAUGAUCGCACUUGUACAACGAGGAGGAGUGGCGUUUGAAGCAGCCGCAGAGGAGCAACCGUCACUCCUCCAUCUCCAUGACACACUGGAACAUGACAGUGUAGGUUGCGUCCGGAGACAAAGGCAGACAAGUUCAACUCAAGUCCUGAGUCUACAAGUGCUGAUUCGUGCUGUCAAACGCCUCUUUGAAGGGCUUUACAAAGAGAACAGUGUCCGCACCACUCGUCCCUCUGCUCUGCUUUCAAGCCAGGAUACAGCAGCCCCCCACCCCCCACCCCCUGCCGUCCCAGGACACACGGAGGCUCAGGCAGAGGGUCAGUGCGGCCGUUUAAUGGGCUCCUGCUGA